AGUGUCUAUGCACCUGUUAAACCCGUCCGCCAAUCACACGUCCAUGUCAAUGUACUCCAAGAUGGCGACCUCCACCGUUCUGUAUUAUACGGUAUCGGCAAUUGCAACAAAGGGGCAUUAUUGACACACGUCAAAACAUUGUUGUUGGUUGCUGCAAAGACAAGCCGGUUUAGUAUAUCGAAUCUGAAACGCUAAAAUCUUCUCCAAUGCUUUGUACAUUUGUAUAGCUGCGCGCCGUGUUGGACUGAGAGGAUUUGCAUUAACCGAGCAUGGCCACCGACAACAUAAUUCAUUUCUGGAGGAAAAACGCAAAGGUUCCAGGAAGUAUACAGCCACUGCUCUUUCUCCUCUACAGUAUACAGCCAGUGUAUGGAGCGCAACACCCUCCCCUUGACCCCAGAAUACACCGCACGUUUCCUAAAGACAGUCCCAAGGGAAACAACCUCAAGUCUAAAAAAGCCUCUAGUUUCCACGAAUUUGCCCGUAGCACCAAUGAUGCCUGGGACAUUGAUGACGAGGACGAUGAGGACUUCUUAGCUCCCAGUCACCCCUCAUCUCUCCCGCCCACCCUGCUCUCCACGCACCAGGUUCCUCCUCUUCCUUUACAACAACCCAGGGACACCACCAGGGAGCCAGACACAGGGCCUGCAGACCGGCUGGCUCCCCCAACAGCAGAGGGCUGUCUUCAGCAGAAGGAGGACACAGACUGUGGACAGAUCAAUGGCAGAGUGGUGGUGAAGUCCAGCAGUGAGGCCCUGCUCAACACCAAUACAGUGCGCUCCACCCUGCAGAAGCAACAGUCUCUCCCAGUUCGUCCUAUCAUCCCGUUAGUCGCCAGAAUCUCUGACCAAAAUUCCUCGGGGGCCCCAAUCAUGACAGUGCGAGACAAGAGCCGAUUGGACAAAUUCAAAUACCUUCUGUCCUGUCCUAACACCGACCUCGAGGAGCUCCGGAAGCACAGCUGGUCAGGUAUUCCACGAGAAGUGAGGCCCAUCACAUGGAGGCUUCUCUCUGGUUACCUUCCAGCCAACAUGGAGCGCAGAGACCUGGUGCUGAAGAGGAAGAGAGACGAGUAUUUUGGCUUCAUUGAACAGUAUUACCACUCCAGGACAGACGAAACUUACAAAGACACAUAUAGACAGAUCCACAUCGAUAUUCCGAGGACAAACCCACUAAUUCCACUUUUCCAGCAGCCCGCUGUGCAAGAGGUGUUUGAGAGGAUCCUCUUCAUCUGGGCUAUCCGCCAUCCAGCUAGCGGCUACGUCCAGGGAAUCAACGACUUGGUCACUCCAUUCUUUGUAGUCUUCCUCUCCGAAUUUGUUGAGGAGGACGUGGAGAAUUUUGACGUAGCGUCCCUGCCUCUUGACACCCAGAGGAACAUUGAGGCAGACAGUUUCUGGUGCAUGACCAAGCUGCUGGACGGAAUACAGGACAACUACACUUUUGCUCAGCCAGGAAUUCAGAAUAAUGUGAAAGCUUUGGAAGAAUUGGUCAGCAGAAUCGAUGAGGACAUACACAACUACUUUAAGAGGUACGAGGUGGAGUACCUGCAGUUUGCGUUUCGCUGGAUGAACAACCUGCUGAUGAGAGAGCUGCCGCUACGCUGCACCAUCCGCCUCUGGGACACCUAUCAGGCUGAACAAGAGGGCUUCUCCCACUUCCACCUCUACGUCUGUGCUGCUUUCCUGAUCGAGUGGCGUAAAGAGAUACUCUCCAUGGUCGAUUUUCAGGGUCUUCUCAUGUUACUCCAGAACCUUCCCACAAUCCACUGGGGGAAUGAGGAAGUGGGCCUUCUCCUGGCUGAAGCGUACAGACUCAAGUACAUGUUCGCUGACGCGCCCAAUCACUACAAGAGAUAGGCUUCUAUGCAAUGGUGUAAAAACAGAUUCUGAUAUACUGUUACGAGGAAUGUAAGGUUUCAUUCCUCUCUUUGAUAUGACUGACCGACUUAUAGCUUGCACACAGGUACAGAAUAAUUCACUCAAAAUGGGAACCCUCAAACCCUAUUUCUACAAUAGUUUUCUUGCAGGUUCUCUCUGUUUGUUAAGACUUGUAUUGGCAAGUUUCAUUCCACUAACACUGCAGUGUAUUAUCUCAGAGCCACUUGCUUAGACAUGUCAAUAGUAGUCUGUUACAAUUAAUGCGGUAGGCAUGGAGUAGGUUCUGGACAUACAACACAGCUAAUCCUCAACUGACUAGGUAUCCCCCUUUCCCUUUCCCUUCAACCUAACUCCUAUUAACCAUAACCUUAUGUGAGUCCUGGUAUUGGGACUUUGUACUGUUCUGGUAUUAGAACUUUGUACUGUCCUGGUAUUAGAACUCUAUACUGUUCUGGUAUUAGAACUCUGUACUGUUAUGGUAUUAGAACUCUACACUGUUCUGGUAUUAGAACUCUACACUGUUCUGGUAUUAGAACUCUACACUGUUCUGGUAUUAGAACUCUAUACUGUUCUGGUAUUAGAACUCUAUACUGUUCUGGUAUUAGAACUCUAUACUGUCCUGGUAUUAGAACUCUAUACUGUUCUGGUAUUAGAACUCUAUACUGUUCUGGUAUUAGAACUCUAUACUGUUCUGGUAUUAGAACUCUAUACUGUUCUGGUAUUAGAACUCUAUACUGUCCUGGUAUUAGAACUCUAUACUGUUCUGGUAUUAGAACUCUAUACUGUUCUGGUAUUAGAACUCUAUACUGUUCUGGUAUUAGAACUCUACACUGUUCUGGUAUUAGAACUCUAUACUGUUCUGGUAUUAGAACUCUAUACUGUUCUGGUAUUAGAACUCUAUACUGUUCUGGUAUUAGAACUCUGUACUGUUCUGGUAUUAGAACUCUAUACUAUACUGCAUGAAUGAAUGAUAUUUUAAUCCAGAGGGGAUAAAUACUUGGCCAUUGUUUUAUGGUGUUUUAAAUUCAAAUUCAUACUGGCAUUAAUCAGUAUCGAUUGUCUCAGAAGUUUAAACAUAUACUUGAAAGAACUCUGAAUGGAUGAUGAAUGUUUAAGUGAUCAUCGUUCAAGUUUCAGAGAGAAUAUAUUUGAGUUAUUUCGUUUUUUAUCUAACAAGAGUUUUGUGGUAAAGCUAGUCCACAUAUUUGACCACUUUGUCCCCACUUGUUCCCUUCAUGGCUAUAUUGAGUCCAGUAAAAGUCCAGUCUGAAUAUCUACUGAAGAAAUUGUCCAAUGUAGUACAACAUGAUACAGGAGGUGUCACAGCUGUUACUAAUAGCCGCUCUGUAAGACCAGGAAACGGUACUUUAUUUCGGGGCUUACCUAUAGUGGUGCCAUAUUGAAUCCCAAGGCCUCAAUGUGAAUAGAAUGAGAAUGGGGACCGUGUGUUUUUAGAUGGUGUAUUAUUGUUAACACUUGAGCUACAUUUUCAGUUAAUCUGGAUCUUAGGUUAUGUUUAUCUCAACUGAGAUACUAGCUAUUUUGCUUUGUAAUUCUCAGGCUUAAUUUUCACAUUCAGAUUAGUCACACUUUCUUUUUAGAUUAUUUGAAACGGUGGCACAAUAUGAAAGUUGCUAAAUUGUUUCAAAAUUAAGUUGUCAUUUGAAACUAAUGAGACCUGUUUACCCUUCAAGUAGUGUACAUUUAAGAGUAUCUGACACUUUACCAAAUGUAUAUUUUGUAUGUUUGCGGUGUCCAUAACAUACGCUGAAGGUUUUGCAUGGUCUAGUUCCUCUUUCUGAAGACAUAUACAAAGCAACCAGUGCAAUCUAAAUCAACAAUCUGCAACACAAUGUAACAACCAUCCAGGAAGUUGUUCAGAUAGUAGACAAAAUAACUGUUCUACUUCCUGUUGUUUGCCACAGCAUCUACUCUUAUUUACUAUGGUUAACUUAAAACAGUCGUCUGUAAACUUUAAUAAUUAUAGAAGUGAAAAUUGUGUAUAUUAAGAAUUCAAAUGUUUGUUUUUCAGUAAAUGAAUGUGUUUUGACUUGCCUCUGAGGGUUGUCUGCUAAUGCUGAUGUUGAUAUUCCAACUUUUAGUAGCCCUCCUGAGUCGCUGCACAGUUACUUGAUCUGUUGGAAACUGUGAUAUCAACACAGCUGUAUUUCAAGUCUGUAAUGAUGCCUUUGUUAUAAGCAUUUGUAAUGCACUUUGACUAGCAUAGAAAACUGAAAUGUUAUAAUUUGCCCUGUUUUGUUUGUACAGCAUUUGUGUUUCAAUUUAAAAUAUUGGGGUUAUGUGGGAGCUUACCUGCUGUGACCUCACUUAGGUGACGUAAAGCAGGAAUAGUAAUUACAUUUAAACAAUGGAAUGUGAAUAUUUAUGUUAUUAUUUCACCCACCUUCAUAACCAUUUCUCUGCUCUGGUACGAAAGGUUUGACAAUCAUUCUUUAGAUUUUAUCAUUAUUGUAUUGGCAUUGAGGUUCAAGUUUGUGAAAUUGACAUGUGGAUAUGACAUUGAACAAUAUGGAGUACAUUUGUUUUGUCAGGUUUUAGUGACCCUAUGACAACCUAAAAAAAAAAAAAUUGUUUUAACUGAAGUUUUUUUUAAAUAAUCAGUACUAGGACAGUGACCUUGGUGGUAUUAGACCUGUAAUGAUAUGAUAUGAAUUCACUUCAUGAUACUGAGGAAACAGAAGUGCCAUAACUUCCCUACCAGUAUUAUUCUCAUAUUGGUUUUCAAGAUCACCACGUAGUUCAAUUAGGAUUUUUCUGCAAUUUAAAUCAUCUAAUUGAAUCAUUCUACUUUUGAUUUCUGCAUGUUCCCAGUGCACAUUUUACCAUGUCUUCUCAAUUCAGUUCUCAAUUCAGGGUUUUUGUAGAACAAAGUCAGACUUAUGUUCGUUGUUGGCAUUUUCAAAUAUAUAAUGAUUACUUUGUGUAUUUGAAUAUUUACCUUUCAGCCUUAAAGUAAACUAUGCUCUGUCCUCAUGUGUUUAUUUGCUCCCAAAAAUGUAGGACUUUAUUAUUUCAAUUGAAUUCAUUCUACAAUUCAAUCCAUGUCCCGUGUUGUUUUAUGGUCAUUCAAAGGUUUCACUGCAUUUUUGGUUUUAAAAACAGGAUGUAUAGUAACAGGACUACGAAACCUGAAUUCAUUGUCUAAAAUUCAUCUGUAGUCAUUCAGUUUUCAUUUUCUUAUCUUCAAUGCCAAACUAUAUGGCCAAUAAUGUUUUCAUUCAGUUCAAUGCUUCUGUAGUCAAUACUGGUUUUAGCCUUAAAUGGAGGAAAUAUUACAGUAAUCUACUGUAUAUAAAUGUUUUGUUUAUAUUAAACGAUUGUUACCCUU